AUGAACGCAGGACACGAAUCUUGUGGUUCCUCUCAGGCAUCCCCCCAAUUGGCGGACGAGGACGGCGGGGAUGCACCUUCGACAGGUAGUAGUAAUGGAGCUGUUGCUGCUGCAACUGCGGCUCAAGCAAAACCAGUGUCGGAGCUGCCAGAGGCGACAGCAACAGCAACAGCGGCAGCGGCGGCAGCAGCAGCAAGUGCCCUCCACCCGGGUGGCCCUGGUUGCUUCCGGCCCGGCGAGGGUGCCUCGCCAGAUGCUGAGCAUAAGUUUGGCUACAGAGCAGGAGCCGCUCAAUUCUGUGAAACGGUUGUAUUGCGGACCUCACCAUCAUCGCCACCGCCUUCGGUGGCUGAAAACGCAAAAGUAUUGCCUGCCCUUCAUGCUUUGCCGCACACCCAUUCACUUGACCCUUUUUUGGCCAAUACAACCACGCAGGUGUCAAGCGACCGUAUUGCCUCGGCGCAAACGUGCCCAGUAGAAGUGAACGCCGCGGCGACAGUCGGGGACGAGAUGGAUUUCACUGAAAAUGGGCUGAGGGAAACCCGUAAGUGGCGGGCGACGUCAUUUCCUUCACCUUCGUUUUGUCCUAUGGAUGAUAUGCAGCAGGCCUUUGCGCAGCCCCUGUCGCACGCGGCGAGGGUGGGCGGUUCCGUUUGGGGUAAGCAAUUUCGACCGCGUUUCAGAAGUCGGCUGCAACCGCUGGCUACCAUUCAGGACCCUCAUGCCGCUUCCGCCGUGCGUGAACAAAAUCGCAGCAUGCUCAUCUCUGUGUUGAUGUGGCAAAAACUCUCAUUACACCGCCAACUAGAAGAGAUGCGAAAGGAAUUGUCGGGUCAAAAUAUAUUUUCCCUGGUAAGGGCCAGCAACGCCUCACAGCUGCAGUACCUUCUUGAGAAUAAGCUCUGCGACCUCAACAAGCGGGACUAUAAUGGAUGCACACCCCUGCAUGUGGCAGCGCUGGAAGGCAAUGAGGCGAUUGUGCGCGUGUUAAUUUCAUUUGGUGCGGAUAUCAUGGCCACUGACAAUACGGGACGGACCCCGCUUGACUUGGCCGCGGCCAAUCGUCACAGCGGCGUGUGUCGCUAUCUACUGCAUGCUACGCAACAAAUUAUGCUUCUGCAGGAGCAACGAAAAGAACAAGCGAGUAGUGAAAGUGAGCAGGUGGGCUCCGCAGAAACGAAUGCCGGACGAAAUACGGGUUUUAGUAUGAAUAUUGCCGCCAACUCAAUGAUUCACUCACUGCGUUUAUCUCCCACAAUGCGGGCAUGUAAAUGUUUGUCUGUAGUGCAAUCACCGUCACUGGAUUCCGAGGCCGGAAGUGAACAGCAAAAUGACACUGCCUCCGCUUCGCUCAUGGCUUGUCUCCCGCCAGACGUGAUGUCCGUUAUUCAAUCUCAGUGCGUGGCAGCAAGCCAUUCUGUGGAGGACGGCUUGCAGAAUGCGGUGGAGGAGGAGGAGGAAGACGACGACGACGACGACGGAGCAGAAGAGGAGCAUGCCGCGUCUAAAUUUUCAAGCUACACAACCAUUUCGGACACGGUGCCGCUUGUUGUUUGCAUGGUGGGUCUGCCGGGGCGUGGCAAGUCGUUUAUCGCCCAGAGGCUCUCACGUUACCUCAACUGGAAGGGUGUGCCUUGCCGCGUCUUCAACGCGGGUAGCUAUCGUCGACGACUCCUCGGUGCUGAGGGGACCGCAGAAGCGUGUUUCUUUGACCCAAAUAAUGCCAAGGGAAGCCAAUUACGGGAGAAAAUGGCACAACUCGCAUGUGAGGACCUUGUGGAGUUUAUUUCCCAACAUCGCACCGCUGUGGGUGUGUUUGACGCCACCAACACCACAAGGGCACGCCGACGCAAGCUUGUGGAAUUUUUUACCAAUGCAUCGAAGCAGCGCAAUAUGGAGUUUCGCAUCGUAUUUAUUGAGUCUAUUUGCACGGACGAUAACAUCAUCACGGAAAACAUUCUCCGUUCAAAGUGCGGCAACGACGACUUCAAAAAUGUUGGGGACAUAACCAGAGUAAUCGCCUCCUUUCGCUCUCGCAUUGCGGAGUAUGAGAAGGUGUACGACCCGCUGGAUCGCGCAGAGGAUAUAAGCUUCAUUCGCAUCGUGAACGUGAAACAGCACAUUGUGAUGCAAAAUAUACCCUGCGGUCUCGCAAGUCGUAUUGCGUUUUUCCUACUGAACCUGCAUCCUGUUGCGUACCCCAUUUACAUCUCACUCCCUGGUGAAACCGAGGGUGAGAGCAAACAUGUCUACGGCGGGGAUGAACACUUGACGCCGAUGGGCGAAAAGUUCGCCCUGGCACUGCGGCGUUUUAUUUUGGAGCGGCAUGUGCCAAAUAUGAUCGUGCUGCACGGCACCAACUGCAGCGUGGUAAACACGCUAAAGCCGCUUGCUGAGUUCCUGCGUGACGAUAGCGAGAAUGGUGUCAACAGGGCGGAGUAUGAGGAGAACGGUGCCUUCAGUGGGCUUCCGUCGCAGGAGGAGCUUCUGUGUCCUCUUCCGGGCCUUGACAGCAUCAACUACGGCUGGUUUAGUGGACGAACCGUGGGGUGGGUGCGAAAGCGCUACGCAAAACUCUCACGUAUUCUUUUCACGGCGUCGCCAGGGAGCAGUGUGGAAUCCUUGUCGAGUAUGAAUAUCUCGCCAACUUCGCCCGUUGAAGAAAAUGACAUGGCACACAGGGGGAAAAAGAGGCACCUGGGCCUUCACAGCAGCAAGACGAGCAUGAGGAGGGAAAUGCGGCAGAGCAACACUUUGACAAGGGUGCUGAGGGAAUUCGUCGCUUCCGUCAUGUCCCUAAUGGCACUGACCCUCGUUUGUCUUACUGUGUGCAGUUUCCAAAUGGUGAAAGUUGCAGGCAGGUGA